GCAAGUGGGCGUGACAGGGCUAUCGGGCGUGCGGGCGUGGACGUGGGCGUGCGUGCGGCGAGGAAAAGCGCGAAAAAGGCGGGGGUUUGGCGCGUCUCGGCCGGGGACGCGUGCGGCGCGACUCCAUGUUUGGCGCUCGCCGAGGAUGAAGAAGGACGGUGCAUGGCGCGACAUGAUGGCUCACCCCGGCGGUGGCAAUGGACCCAGAGGCAGGAACAUUCCCCACGAUGGGGAGGAGAAAGGUUCUUUUGAAGUGAUGUUGCUGGGCCCUGACUCCCCUGUGGGGCGGCGCACCGGUGGACUGAGGGCCCCAAAUAUCCCUUACGAAGGCGAUGAGCAAGGGAAAAUGUUUGUUGGUGGCCUGUCCUGGGAAACAACUCAGGAGUCUUUGCAGCGUUACUUUGGUCAGUAUGGAGAAGUUAUUGACUGUGUGGUGAUGAAGAACAGUGAGACAGGAAGGUCAAGGGGUUUUGGCUUUGUGACAUUUGCAGACCCCAACAAGGUGGAUGUUGUACUGAAAAGUGGCCCUCAUGAGCUGGAUGGGCGUACGAUUGAUCCCAAAGCUUGCAAUCCUCGCAGCAUGCAAAAGCAGAAGAAAAAUGGAAAUUGGCCGAAGGUGUUUCUCGGAGGCUUACCCUCCAAUCUUACAGAGACAGAUCUCCGCAAUUUCUUCUCACGCUAUGGUGCUGUUAUGGAGGUUGUCAUAAUGUUUGACCAGGAGAAGAAGAAAUCAAGAGGCUUUGGAUUUUUGUCCUUCGAAACGGAAGAAGCUGUGGAUAGAGCGGUGGCAGAGCACUUUGUCAACAUUAAUGGAAAGCAGAAGGUUGAAAUUAAGAAAGCAGAGCCCCGUGAUGCCAGCAAGGCACAGGAGGAGAGCGGUCAGUGGGGCACACCACCCGACAAUCAGUGGGGCAUGCCAGUCGGCCCACCUGGCAUACCUGGCCUCAACAAUGGCAUGGGACCUGGCAACAUGGGUCCACCACUGGGCCCUCCUCUAGGACCGCACAACAGUCAGAUGGGAGGCCACAUGGGUACUCAAGGCAUGGUCCAAGGGCCCUACCAUCAGGGGUGGGGAACACCACCGCAGCAGCAGGGUUAUCCUCCCCAAGGAUAUGGUGCUCCACAAGGACCACAGGGCUAUCAAGGCUGGGGUGCUGGCCAACAGCUGCAGCAGUGGGGUGCUCCCAAUUAUGGAUCUCCAGGCGGGCAGCAGUAUGGCAGCUUUGGACCUUUGGAGGGGGGCACUUGGGGCUGGACGACCCCUACUUCUCCCUCCACACCUCAGCCACACGAAUGUGAUCCCUAUGGCCGGAAUGCUCCUCUAAAUGCCCUUGUAACUGGAGCUCCUGGUGCCCCAUCCCCAAAUCUGGCUGCUGCUGCUGGGCCUCAGCCUGGGGGCAAGGCAUCAGCAGACUACAGUUCUUGGGGUCAGUACAACUACAACCAGAUGAGUGGGGAAAACUCUGCAGUAGCAGCCGCUGCCGCAGCAUUCAAUCAUGGACGUGGAUACAACGAUGGUGGGGCACAGGGACAAGCACCUGCCCACCAGGGUGAGGGCAGCUCGGUAUGGUAGUGAGAGCCUCAUGGGGCAGCAGGCUGGGGAUCCCCACACCAACGGACGGCCCUCACCUAGUAAUGCUCAGCCAUCCCCGUACAUCCAGCUAUAGUCAUGUGCAGUUAGAGGGUUCAUUGUGUAGAUAACCUGUGCCUACCUUGGAAGAGUGCCAGAACUCUCAAGACAAACUAGAGGAAUGGGAGUAGCCUGUGUGACGAAAAAUGUAGCAUAAUUGGUGAGAGUUUAAUGUUGAAGGAUGGAGCCGAAGCGCUUCUUGUACACGUGUUCUGACACUCCCGGAGGUUUUCCCUUCCCUCCCUGAACCCAAACCCCCUUCAUUCAUAGUCCAGUUGAGUAAAAGCAGAAAAAAAAAGAAUGUAAGUAGUAAGGAGAAAAGAUUUUUUAACUUAAAGUUGAUCAUGAACUCAAGGAUUUACAGGUUGAUACACCAAGCAGAACCAGAACAAAGAAUUCUAGGAUUAAGUAAUACUAUUAUUUGUUUAUAUUUGAAUUAAUUAAGUGAACCACUUGUGAAUAUAUGAGAGUGAGCAUGUGUGUGUAUCUGACCAUGUAUGUGCGUGCUUGCAGACGUGGAUGUGCAUGCGUAUUUGUGCAUGCAUGUAUAUUUGUGUGUGCUUGUGCUUGUGUUUGUGCGAGGCUGUCUUCUAUAUUUAGUGCUCAUAUGUAUGUAAAUUUGUGUAUGUAUACACACACACUUUAUCCCCAGGAAAUAAAAACUUGUUAAACUACAGAAAAAUAAUACAAUAA